AUGAAGAGGAAACAACUUAGAUCAGUGGUCUCCAACCCCGUCCUCAAAGGCCUGCUCAAGGUCUUCUUGUGUCUUCCAGAUGUCAAGGAGCGGACUCUCAUUGCUGUCAAGCCAGAUGGCGUCCAGCGUCGUCUUGUGGGGCAGAUCAUUCGGCGCUUCGAGCAGAGGGGCUUUCAGCUGGUAGGCUUAAAAAUGCUGCAGGUGUCGGAGGAGCUUUUGUCCCAACACUACUGUCAACUGACACAGAAGCCCUUCUAUCCCAAUCUGGUGGAGUACAUGACCUCGGGGCCUGUGGUCGUCAUGGUGUGGGAAGGGCACAAUGUGGUCCAGUCAUCACGUGCCAUGGUGGGACCCACCAACCCUGCGGCGGCCCCAGCAGGCACCGUCAGAGGAGAUUUUAGUCUUCAUGUCAGCAGAAAUGUAGUUCAUGCCAGCGAUUCACUGGAGGGAGCGCAAAGAGAAAUUCAACUCUGGUUUCAAGGAAAGGAGCUCGUCAAGUGGAACUGCUGGGACCAGACGUUAACCUGUGAGGAGUAA